CUGACAGCCAACACCUCCGGCACGACGCAGGCCUCCAGCAGACAUGGAUUGAUGAGAAUAGAAAUCUACGGAGCUCCCUGAUUUCCUCCUCCCCCUCCCAACACGACUCGAUGGACUCCUUCAUCGUCGCUCUUCCCCCGCUCUACAACACCAAUGCCCUUCCACCGCGAUGACCUCAAUCUCUACCAAAACCUGGAGUCCCCGAGCUUCUUCUGGCGCGGUGCCUCGUACCAAACGAUUCUCACCGUCGCCACCUUGUCGCGUCUCUUCCUCUACACUCUCAACAAAACCGAGGUCCAUGGCCUCCCCCGUUUCCUCGACCUUUUAAAGUCGCGUGCCGACUUCAGAACGCGUCGCCGCGGGCUGUUGACCGUCUCGAACCACAUCUCCGUCCUCGACGAGCCCUUGAUAUGGGGCGUCCUCCCCUUCUCCUUCGCGGCCUUCCACGGCUACAUGAACCACCGCUGGAGCUUGGGCAGUCAUGACAUCUGUUUCAAAAAUGCCUUUACAUCCCACUUCUUCACGUUGGGACAGGUCCUCCCCAUCCACCGCGGCGCACACUCCCCUUUCGGCGGGCCCUACCAAGCAACCAUGACCGAAGCUGUGCGCCUCCUGUCCAAGAUCUCCGCGCAAAAGCAAUCGCUCUGUCCGCUGAGCAACCCACGCUUCCACAAGGACUGGAAGCCUCCCCAGUGGCCCUGGGACUGCGUGGAUCCGUUCUCCGAGAUCUCUCCUCCACCCUCCUACCCGUCUCAGCCCUCCGACGUGAGAUGGUAUCUCGCCCCGUCCCGCUACGCAAGCAAUUCUUACAGCUGGGUACAUAUUUUCCCCGAGGGCAUGAUCCACCAGGCCACGGACAAGACAAUGCGCUAUUUCAAGUGGGGUGUGGCCCGACUCAUUCUCGAGCCGCCAGAGUGUCCCGACGUGGUGCCCAUGUUUAUCGAAGGGACCGACCAGGUCAUGCACGAGAGUCGGUCGUUUCCCCGCUUCAUACCCCGGAUCGGGAAGAGAAUCUCUCUCACGAUCGGACGGGAACUGGACGUCGAGGCCGUGUUUGGCGACCUGCGCAAGCGCUGGAGGGAUCUGGCGGACCGACAUGCACGCGAAGCCGGACUGCCUGGAUGGGACGAGAUGAUCUUGGGCCUUGUCCCAGAGAACCUCGCGAAUCACCCCGAGGCCGUCGAGCUGAGGAUAGAGUGUACCAAACGUGUUCGCGAAGCGGUCCUUGAAGUCAGAAGGUCCAGGGGCUGGCCGGACGAAGAUCCGAAGAAUGGAGUGGUGGAGACCUGGGUGAGAGAAGGGCCGAAGCGCGAAGGCUUGAUGGACGACGGAACUUGGGUCAGGGAUAUCUAGAGGGAGAAACAGUGGGCGGAAGGACUGCACAAGUUUUAGAAAGGGGCAUCCUUGAUAUUCCCACCAGAUGGUGGGCUAUGGCGUGCAUCGAAUUGUUGGUCCAUCUAUCGACAAUAGCCCCUUUCAUUGCAUCCACGCCCUUACAGUCUUCUGUGACAGAGGCUUCCUGUCUAUCAAUAGACCGCAGACUGCUGCAUGGAUGCAGACUGCAACCUGGGUAUUAGAAUUGGAUAUAUCAGAGAAGCAAGCCCUUGGUUCUUCUCCUCCUCUUCACCACUCUAUCAAUAGCUUCAACCCCGGAAAGUUGCCUUUUUUCCUGCCUAGGUAGAUUGCAUUCAGCCUGCUCGGACAGGCGUCUUUUCCACAA